AUGACACAGCAUGCUGAGGGUUUGGAUGGGCUAAUGAGUUUGGCUGACAUUCCUGUUUGCUCCUCCAGUGACCCUGUUUUUUUCCCCUUCUUUAUUCCUUCCUUCCUUUCUCACCACCUCCUGCUUCUUUACUUUACUCAUCUUUCUUUACACAAUCCAGAGGGUCUGUACCAGCUGGGCGGUCCGCGCUGCGCCCCUCAGAGCAGCAUUGAAGGUUUGGAGGAUGCAGAGAGGAAAUGUAAAACCCACGUGCUGCUGCUGGUGGUACACGGUGGAAACAUCUUGGACACGGCAGGCGGCGACCCGAGCACAAAGGCUGGCGACGUGGCCACGUUGGCCUCGGUGCUGGAGAAGGUGACCCGGGUGCAUUUCCAGGCCGCCGAGGAGCAUGUGAUGAUCAAACUGGUGCCGUGUCCGGCCGUGUGCGCCGAAGCCUUCUCUCUGGUGUCCAACCUGAACCCGUACAGCUACGACGAGAGCUGCGUGUCGAGUAGCGUGGACCACCUGCCUCUGGCGGCGCUCCCGCUCCUCGCCAUCGUGUCCCCGCGCUACCAGGACGCCGUGGCGACCGUCAUUGACCGAGCCAACCAGGUCUACCGUAGCUUUCUGCAGUCUGAGGACGGCCAGGGAUUUAGCGGCCAGGUUUGCCUGAUGGGCGACUGCGUGGGCGGAGUGCUGUGCUUUGACGCUUUGUGCUUCAGCAACCACCCGAGGCCCAGCAGCCCCAACAGCAGCAGCAGGAACAACAGCACAGAGAGCCUGAAGGACAACACGUGCCGGCUGCGGGAGUCGAGUCCCGGCCUGAGCUCAAGCAAGAGGCUGAGCAAGAGCAACAUCGACAUCUCUGCUCCCAACGAAGGCCAGGGCGGCCCGUCGCUCAGCCGCAAGCAGAGCGACUCGUACGACGGGGAUACCUCUUCCACGGGCCAGCACAACUUUUUUUCCAGUUUGAUGAAGGAGGGUGUAGAGGUGCGCGGUGGCAGCAGCACCAGUCUGGUGUUGAAUCCAGGCCGCUUCGACUUUGAGGUGUCGGACUGCUUCCUGUUGGGCUGCCCUCUGGGAUUGGUGCUGGCCAUGAGACGCACAGUGCUGCCCGCUAUUCACGUGGGGCAGCUUCGCCCAGCCUGCUCCCAGAUCUUCAACCUGUUUUACCCCUCCGAUCCUUCAGCCUCCAGGCUAGAGCCGCUGCUGCAGCCUCUUUUCCACAAGCUGCCUCCGUUCGCCGUGCCGCGCUACCAGCGCUACCCUCUUGGAGACGGGCGCUCGCUGCUCAUCGGAGAAAGCAUCCAAAGCAACCCGGGCGUGUUUCUGGAAGGUGACAAAUCCCACGGCAGUCCAGCUUCACCGCAUUCCUAUGAGACGAAGACGGACGGAGGAGGAGGAGGAGGUGGCGAGGCGAGAGGUCGUAGAGGCAGCGUGACCAGCGUGGAAAGCGAAAUGUCAAUGUGCUCCAUGAGCCAACUAGGGAACACCAUCGCUAACAUUUCCAGCAGCUGGUGGGGCUCCAAGAGGCUGGAUUUCGCUUUGUACUGCCCUGACGUGCUCACCGCCUUCCCCACGGUAGCUCUGCCUCAUCUUUUUCACGCCUCCUACUGGGAGUCCACCGACGUUGCCGCGUUUGUUCUCCGUCAGCUCAUGCGAUGCGACUGCAUGCGAACCCAGGAAGCAGACCGCCUGGACUCUGCUCCGUUUUCUCCUUCCAGCCCACGUGAGAAGUGGCUCCGGCGGAGGACGCAUGUCAAGCUAAGGAACGUCACUGCUAACCACAGGGUGAACGAUGUCAUAGCAACAGAGGAUGGACCUCAGACUUUAGUCGGCCGUUUCAUGUACGGCCCGUUGGACAUGGUUACUCUAACUGGAGAAAAGGUGGACAUCCUGGUGAUGACUCAGCCUCAGUCUGGCCGCUGGGUGCACUUUGACAUGGAGGUGACCAACAGCAGUGGCAGGAUUACCUACACCAUUCCAAAAAGCAAGAAGCUCGGCUUGGGGGUGUAUCCAGUAAAAAUGGUGGUCAAGGGCGACCAGACCAGCGCUGAGGCCUACCUGACUGUGUUGCCGCGGGGCAUGGAGUGUGUGGUGUUCAGCAUCGACGGAUCUUUUGCUGCCAGCGUGUCCAUUAUGGGCAGCGACCCCAAGGUCCGGCCUGGAGCUGUUGAUGUUGUCAGGCACUGGCAGGACCUCGGGUAUCUAAUCAUCUACAUCACCGGUCGGCCUGACAUGCAGAAGCAGCGCGUCGUGUCUUGGCUCUCGCAGCACAAUUUCCCGCACGGGAUGAUCUUCUUUUCUGAAGGGCUGGUUCACGAUCCCCUGCGACAGAAGACCAUCUUCCUUAAAAACCUCAUACAGGAAUGUCACAUCAAGAUAAACUCUGCUUAUGGCUCCAUGAAGGACAUCUCUGUUUACAACAUGUUGGGUCUAAGCCCCUCGCAGAUUUACAUUGUGGGCAGACCUUCAAAGAAGUACCAGAAUCAAUGCCAGUUUCUGAGCGAUGGUUACGCGGCCCACCUCUCCACACUGCAGUUUGGACACAGAGCGCGGCCCAAGAAGUCCCCGUCGGUCCGCAUGGUGCUGAGGAAAGGCUCGUUCGGCCUCUCCGCCAAGCCCGACUUCCUGUGUAAGCGCACCCACCUGCGGAGGACGAUGUCGGUCCAGCAGCCCGACCCGCCAUGUGCGCCCAACCCCAAACCAGAACGAGCCCAGAGCCAGCCAGAGUCGGACAAGGACCACGGCGGGGGAGGGUCAGUGGGAGGCGGGGGAGUCGGGCAGGGUGCGUGGGGACGAGCCUCCAUGCACCGCGGGGACACCACGCCCUGACACCCACACCGACAUGGGAGGAGUUCAGGAGGAAAGAAGAAGAGAACUAAUGGGUCUUGGUGUCCAGGGCCAAGAGUCUGCUGUACACUUCUGUCUGCUGUACAUUGGAGUUUGCUGGCAGUCCUUACAGCGAAGCUUUACCUCCUGCUUGGCCCUCUACACUUUUUCCACCCGAUGGAUUUCGUUUCGUGAUAUUCUUUGUAGAUAAGUUCAGUCUUCUGAAUUUAAAACAGUUGCAAAGUUGUUUUCUUUUGGCAAAUAAUUGUUCUGAGCUCAAAUGCUAUCUAAAUGUAAAAUUUGACCAAUGUGGUUAUGACUAUGAAUUUCCUCGCAUCUUGUAUUUAUUGCACACCGACGCCGAAGAGCGUUAAACCUGGGAUGAAAGCGGUGGACUUUUCUCCAGAAUAUGGAACGUUGCUCGCCGUUUUGGUUCUGUUCACUACAGCAAGUUGAUCGCCUUGGCCGACUCCACCCAGCACAGAGCCCCUCUGCCGAUGUAAAUACCCAACACACACACACCCCCAUGCUUGGGCCUCUGGACACAGGAGUACUGUGACAUUUUGGCUUAAUCUCUACAUGAGUUCUGCAGCCUGCGGUGCUCCAUGUAUCCAAUCUCUGCCUCCGUUUUUCUUUUUGUUUUUUUGUUUUUUUUACUCCCGCUUGCAUGUGGCCUCACAUCACGGUAGUGAUGUGAGGCCUCCCUUCAACCAGUACGGCGGAUCGCGCAUUACGACGGCCGACCGCAGCGCCUGGUCUGGAGUCUUCGAAGAGAGACGUGGCACGUACAGUUCCGCUCCCGCCGAGGUCACUUUUGUUUUUCUGGGGGGUUUUGCACUAAACAGCCGUAUUCUGCACAGUCGCUGCUUGGUGGUUGAAAGAAUAUAUGUUCUGAAUAUUGUCUAAAAAUGUUUACAGGUUAUCAAGCGGUAGUGACAAGUGAUGAGAGCCGCUUUUCUGACUGUAACUAGCUUUAUUAGCAGCUUUAGUUCAUUCGCUUGUUCGACGGCGUUAGCUAGCUAAGCCCGCGGACUUUGUUCCACUUAAAAAUCGCCCGGGACGCGCCCGCGUUUAUUUAUUACUGCUGCACUGAAAACUCGAGUAUUUAUGCUGAAAUUCGACAGUCUUGUGCACUUGAAGUUUUAUGUGGUUAUGUUUGGAAAAAUCUGUGCAUAUUUUUCUAUCAGGAAAUACUGUAAAUAGAGAUAUUUUCAAUGUAUGUUUUUAGAUCUGUGUGGAACUGUUCACUCUUUUCAUUUUAGCCUUAAAUUGUUUACUUAUUUUGUGGAGCGUUCGUUUCUACCAUCAGUCCUGGCAUAAAGUGCAUUAAUGUUGACGUUUGACAGGUUUUACAUGCUGUGGUAGUGUGUGUGUGAGUGUGUGUUGGUGAAUAUUCAGAGAGUGUAAAUGUCUCUGCAGAGGAAUCGGAGGAGGACGAAGAAACUGAUGAGGAUCUAUCUGCAUGUUCUUUUUGCAGCUCCACUGCCAGUUUUUUAAGAACAGCGCAUGGAUUUUUGUGGCCCUGAAAAGAAGCAGUAGGGUACAGGAGGAUUUCUCAACUGAGUCUUUUAUACCUGCUAUGAAAGGAGAGGGGAUUAUGCGGUCUUAUGUUGUCUUGUUUUAAAUAAAAUUCUGUGCAACAAAUGAUUUGUGCAAUCCAGAAGGGAGGAUUAUCGUGCAAAUCUUUUUCUCUUCCUGUAGCCUGCAUAAAGUUUGACUUUUGGGUUAUGGCUUUGUAUGUAUGACUGAGUGUAGUGCUGCCUCUGAAAUAACACUGCACCAGUUAUUUAUUGAUAAACGUAUGCUAUUGUAAGAAAAAAAAAAAAGCAACAACUUUAAAAUGUAUGUUUUUGUUUUUGAUGUACAGUUCCAGUGAGAAGUUUACGAUAUUCCACCUCGUAGUGAUGCAUAUUAACCAUACUUUUUUCAGCAUGGAAUGAUGAUACAACAAACGACUUCAGCGAUUUUAAAAACAAGAAAUGCCUGAAUUGUGGAUUUUUUUUUAUGCAUAGGCACAGAGUUAAAGAAAACAGCCUCAAAUACGGUUGAUACUUAAAUACACACUAUCUUUUCUUCCUCGCUUUCUGACAUUAAAUCAAAGAAAACUUUCUGUUUAAACUCAGUAUUACCAAAAUUAUUCAUUUGAAUCCCAUCACAAAGUUUUUUGAAGCAAAAUUUAAUCCCUGGUGGACCAAGAGUAGGAGUUUUUUUUGUCCAUCGCUGCUGUUUCCAAUCAUUUCUGCAUCAGACGUACCAGAAACACACAAAUGCAAAGGUUCUGGCUGGAAACAAAAAUUUUAACAUGUUAAAAUGGGUGUAAUUAAUUAACCAAAAUGUGUUAGUCCCGAACAUAGUGUUCAGUGAAGUUGUUUGUUGUAUAAUCCCUGCUCCCCCCAAAAAAGAAAAGGUGUGAAUGCUUUGUUGUUAACAGUAGAUUCUCACCUAUAAUGAAUGUAUGUAAAUGUCUGACCAGAACUGUACAUGUUGUUACCGAAGCAGCCAAAUGAACAUUCCCAUUAUUAACAGACAAAUAGAUCCUGUGCAACCUGUGAUGCAUAUUUUAAAACUUUUAUGCUAUGAAAUAUUUUAAAAUUACAGUUAUUAAAUGGCAAAUAACAAUCUAAUAGUUAUUUGUAGCAUAAAUGUUCAUUAUUCAGUAUUCUUUAGUGUUAGUGGUACUGCUGAGCAAACACAAUUUCACAAAAUUCUUGGAAAACCAGGGAUUAAAACCAGUAAGAUGAACAUCUUAAUUAGAACUUGUAUUUAUUACAAGUGAGUGAGUCUUAAAAUGAAAAAAUAUAUAUAUCUUUCCGUUACAAGGGCAUUACUGUGAUGUUACCUCUUAGUUUCACCUCAAACUUAUUUAAUUUGCAAACAUAUAUAUUUACUUCCUACAGUACAGAUACAAAUCUCAUAGAACUACAGAUAAUGUCAAGUAAUAUUAUCGAGCACAUAUCAAAUAAAGGAUGUUGUCAACUUAUUCACACCUCAUGACUUAACUAUUGGUGAUUUGCCAUUUAUUAACGACACAUGACGUGAGCUUUACUGUGAUCUAAUCUUUGAAUCCGUGUUAAAA